UGUGUGCACGUCGCUCCCGCAGCGGCAUUGUAAAUACGUAGUCGUAGAUCGUAGCAUAAGUAUGUGUCUCGCGGAGAAGAAUCCAGAAUCUCCUUCUAAGGAGGUUCAGUCACCUCGCUCACCGUGGAUGAAGCUCCUAAAUCGUCAGAGCUCGAAGCCGCGGCUUCCGCGCAGGGUGGUGACUUCUACGCGAGUGAACUUGAACAAGUGCUGGUCGAAGCUGGGGGAGCUGAUCUCCAAUUCGCCGGCCAGCCCUGACCUACCAUCGCAUAAGACUGCCGACGAGCCUCUCGUCAUCGCCUUCUCGGAAUACUUCUACCCGCUGGAUCCGGUCAAACCGGUGCCGGUCGAGGACGAAGAUAACGCGACGAACCAGAAUAUAUUGAACUCCGCCCGCUUCGAGCUGCUUCCCGACCAGGAGGUCAGCGACAACUUGGCCAACGAGGUCCGGGAGAUCUGCUACGAGAGCAACAGGAGCUGUUUCGUAUGUAACCUUUGCUGUUAAUCCAGAUCAAGUUAACGAAUCCACGUCUUCCAUUAUCGGUUAAUUUUGGUUCUAAUGCAGUGAAAACAAAAUCGCGUCUUCCAAUUUUAGAUUUAGUUUGUGCCGAGCACGCCAACGUCUUCCAUUAGAAUUAGUUUUGUGAUGUUGUACCGUAUCUUUAUUUGAAUUUGAUUUCAUUCUAAAUUCUCGUUUUAACUUCAGUUAACGUUUAGAUUUAAACUUUGGCAGUGAUUAAAAUUUGAUAAUCAGGUUUAAAGUUAAUAAGAUUCUUAUCUGAAUAAAAUCUAAUAGAGAUACAAGUGCAACAUCUAAAUAAGUUUGUGUUACGAUAAAAUUAUCCGUCAUGUUUUGGUAGACAGCUUUAACGCCAACUGCACUGUAAUUAAUUUUGCACGGAUCUUCAUCUCUGUCUUCAAUUUCAUCAUCAUCGUCUUCCAUUAGUUCGUAAGUGACCCAACUGUGAUAUGAAUGGACAUCUACUGAAGCUUUAACUAGGUUAAGAAGAGUUUAUAAAAGAGAUAUAUUAUGUGUAGCAAGCUUUAAAUUUCUUUUAAUCUACUUGAUUUCGAAAUAGGCCGAAUGUGCCAAUGCUAGCUUAAGAUUAAUCUAAAUUAAGGUUUUGUAAUUAUGUUUGUUCGUAAGUUUAACAGUUUUGUCGAUUAAACCUUUAAUUAAGUUAAGUUUUGUAUUCUUUCGUGUCAUAUCUUGUUACAUUCAAGUUAGUACUAAGCAAAAUGUAUUAUUUU